AUGUUGGUAUCCUUGACUGUGGGCAAGGUCGACGCUGGCGUCGCAGUCUUGUUAACGCAGGACAACAGACUGAUUGAAUUUCCCUCCGUGCUACUUCCUAAGAAUAUCAGUUCAGGAAGCAUCGUGGAUAUCAACGUCUCACGGAACCUUGACGCCGAAGCGAAGAGUAUAGCAAGCUUCCAGUCGCUUCAGAAACGCAUCCUUAACACCUACGGUCUCGAAACUCCCUCUCCUCCCGUUCUUCGUCUUAGGAAUGCCACACAAACUUCAUUGGUGCUCGAAUGGGAGCCGAUUAAGCUCGCAACAGCCUCGUUGAAAUCGUUGUCACUCUAUCGCAACGGAUCGAAAGCAGGAUCGAUCCCCCGUCCUCUUGAAAUGCUGAGCACUAAGAUCAGUGGUCUGGCGAUUCACGCCGAAUACACAUUUCACCUCGUCCUGCGAACCUCAGCCGGAACCUAUCAUUCAGAAAAAUUGACUUGCCGCACUCACAAGAUGACCGAUCUCUCGGGUAUAACGGUGACUCCGGGCAUCAUGCCACAACCCCAAAGGGAGGCUCUUGAACGUGCUAUCGACAGAAUAGGCGGAAAACUUAUCGAUACCGUACGAAUUGACACCACACAUUUUGUUUGCACAGAAGGUCGAGGUCCGGCGUGGGAGAAGGCUGUGGAAAUGAACCUGCCUGUCGUACGGCCGGAGUGGCUGGAUGCAUGUGAGGCGGAGGGAACCAUUGUUGGAGUAAGAGGUUAUUAUCUGAAUGCAGACCCGAAACAUCGACAGUUAGGACCACGCCAGGUUCCACAGCAGCAACAACAGCCGGCUCCUGAAUCGGUUGUUUCAGAAGCAACAACGCCCCCAGCUAGCAGCCAUUCGAACUUUCCAGUGCAGAAUGUACCGGCAUCAAUUCCAGAAGGACCGCCCACACCAUUCCCUGGCGGACCUACGGAAGCCACAAGAGCCGAGAUUCAAGAGAAGCAUGAAGAUGAUCAUGCAGAACCUCCCGCCCCACCUCCGAAGGACGAACCCAUUGAGGAGGCAAAAGAUAACGAUGCGGAAGAGCCCGAAGAAUCUGAUAACCACGAUGAAGUUGAAAAAGACACUGAUAAGAUCGACGAUAAAGAAGGUCUCGAAACAGUAGCGGCCGCCGAACCCGAACCCACGAAAGAGAUACAUAAAGUUCAACCGGAAGGGGAAAGCGAGCUCGAAGAGGUCUCUCUAUAA